GGAGAGUUGGAUUGUACUGCAGAGGUGGUUUGACGUGUUGUACGUACUAUAGCAGCUGUGAAUCUGACUGCAGCCGUCCUCCUCUGUGAAGAAGCAAGAUAUAAACUGUUCAGAAGCCCCGCCUCCAAGACUUCAUGGGUUUUCAGGACUUUCUCUUUCAAUCAGAGCAGAUGGGAAGGAUGGGGAAACUCUCUGCAGUGAUUUCCUGCUUGUUGCUGACUUUGGAAGAGGUUACUUCCCAGACAGAUCAGACUCAGGUCAGCGAGCGUCUGCUGCCUCAGUGGCUCACAGGCAUCAUCGCUGUCGCCGGCUUCCUCUUUCUCACCUUUGUCGGCUUCCUGGUGAAAAAGGCGUGGUGUGAGGAGUCCAGAGGGAGGACCUCUGUGGAGUCAGGGAGAGAAAAUGAAUUGGUCAUGACCAACAGUACCAUCUAUGAGACCACCCUGGACAUGGUCAGGAGCAAAGAAGACAUGAACGCUUAUGACAACCUGGUGAUUGACAGCACUGAUGACAAAGUUACUCCCAUGUGACUCACCUGAACCAAUCCUAUUUGCUGUCUGAACGUCGUCCUCACCAGCUGUGGACAGAGAGACACAAAACAAACAGUUAUAUUUUAAUAGGAAACAUGUACAUUUACAGAUUAUGGUUGUUUUUUUUUGCCUUUUUUUAUAAAUGUUGUGUUUGUCUUGUCAUACCUAUUGUUCCAGGCGAGUGGAGCUUCAGAUAUCAUCCAUGUUGAAUAUACUUACUAAUAUCUGCUGUGACUGCAGCACAUUUCUAGAGAGAAAUCAGUUCAGUAUAAUAUUUCUAUCUUUUUAAAUCCUCAGUCAGUAAACGUGAGGAGCAUCUGUCUGUCCUGUGAUCUUUGUGCUGAUUAAUAAGUUAUCU